CGUUUCUAUGUAUCCACCUCCUUACAUACACUUGUCUACCUCUGCUCUAUCAUUACAGCCUGUCUCUAGACUACCAUUAGACGCAUUACUCUAUCUUCGACGUAUCAUUAUGUCAUCAUAGACAGGGUAAACCAUUUAAACGGAAACGCCUAAAUGUCUCCUAAGCUCAUGGACGUACGAAGAACCUGUUCAAGGCAAAGUUCAACUGUUCCUUUACCCUAUCGUUGACCUCGUUAUUUUACCUACCACGAAACUCGAGUGGCGGUUUCUUUUUCUACUCGAAGAACUAUUAAGCGAAUUAGACGCAGUUAGAUAAAAAAAAAGGCCAACGUGGAAAUUGUGCCAAACGAGAAAAAAAGCACUCGACGCGACAAUUUCCAGGUGGAAGGAAGCAAUUUGACGCAGCCAUUGCAUGCCGAUUCAGCCUUGCGUUUCAAGAACUGUUUAAGAAACGUUUUUUUCUGUGCUGGUGAAAAAAUCGUGUUUGGAAGUUUCUAAAAUCAAUACGCAAUGUGGUCACGGAGCCGUGCCCGCGAUUACUCUUUGUAUACAGGGUGGUCCAUUAGAAACAGAACGCUUAGAUAGCUUUGCAACCAAGAUUAAUUCCUUGUUUUAAAAAUAAAUUAAAACGCACGAUUAGAAAUACAGAAGGUUUCAUUGGCAAUGCUUCGUUGAUUCGUUUAGAUCAGCGAAGGCGCCAAGAUGUUCCCACUUCCAGCUGGCCACUCUGUACAUCGAUAAUUAGACGAGUUUCUACCGCAAUUGUCCGGAAGUUGUCAACUCCUAGCAAGGUCCUAUCGAUCGUCUAAUGCUCUGUUGUUACGUGGUGCAAGUCUGACGGUGUCACGUUGCGUUACUGCCAGCAAACGAUCAACGAUUCAGGGAAAAAAAAGAGGGCCGCGUUCGAUGCCGGUGCACUUGAACUUAUAGCGCGAUCGUUAAACGUGCAGUACCGAUGGCGAGCAUGACCUAGAAAUAGGCGAUUCAGCAUGCUUUGGUAAACGCUGGAUCCGCUAGCCAUUUAUCGUGACUAUACAUAACACGCUGGGGUGAACCCUAGACCUCUGUGUCCUUUGGUCGACUCGACGUUAAAGUUCUCAGGUCAGUGUUCUUCAAACUUGAAACACUUGGACGUAGCACGUGACUCGAUAUACUCGGAUAAAUAUGCAUUUAAUUUGCAUUUAGUUUGACUGAACCAACGCUUUCUCUGAUUUUCUAUUUUUGUUAAGGCUCAAAAGCGUGGACUAGCAAUCAAGAAGACGACUGAGAACAAUUUGUGCAAAUAAUUGAUCAAGCGUCAAGUGGAGUUGUUUUGAAAUUCGUGGUUUCGAUGAGUCAGCCGUGAAGAAAAAACAGAAGACGGGCCUCGGAACGAGCGUACGUGCAGAAGCGUGCUGCGUGUGCUGACGCAUUGCAGAACAAAGUAAUUGAGAGGUCAGCGAAAAAACAGAACUAUAGAGACCAAACAAAGAAAAGGAAUGGCGUCGCGGCGCGCUCGGGAGAGACUGGCCCCUGCCAGACUACUAAAUCAAUUCCGUCGAAGGGCGAUCCAAGUCCAGGAAUCGCGGGGUCAACGAGCCGCUCGCGUCGGCGGCAUUAAUUAAGUAAACAGUGUUCCUAUUGCGCGGCCUCUUUCAACGGCUUAAUCGCGAAAUCUCACGACUACGCCUCGUAAAACGAGAACCUCGCGCGUUAAGCCACUGCUAGGAUCUACUGCUGAAACUAGGAUCACUGAUUCCUUCUUGGACAGAGAUCGUAUGGAGCAGAGAGAUGAGGAAACUUUUCAAGUUCCACGUAUCGCUUUGACCAGUCCUCGUGAGAUCGCACUCCACGAUCAAUGGAUUUUAGUAUAAUUAUUACGAGUAUAUUCUUAUGGUAUGUCGCUGAUUUGUUCAAUUAAUUGAUAGCUUCUGUUAUGAAAGUAAUAUCCGUGUACCACGAUGUAGCGCACGUACGUGUACAGGGUUAAUCGGUCGAUCAAUCGAGUGGACCGUCGGGGAUCAGCUGUUGACGCAGCACGUGCGGAUCUAAUAGAGAUUCGCUCCGUUGACUCCUGCAUUGAAAGACGAAACCAAUGAUUUCACGACCGAUGAGACUGCACACGAGUUACAGAGCUAUGAUUUAUCAUGCGAUGAAUACUUCGUCUUGUUUCUCUUUCAAUUAUGUCAACUGUGGCAGUUGUAUAACUGAUUCGACGAUAAAUCGUUACGCUUGUUGUCCCUAUCAGAUGGACAGACAAAAGUGGAGAAACGAGCUCGAGGAAGAAUUCACGUCCAACGAGACUUCGCGUUGUAUCAGGGACGCUGGCUUACGUAAGUUGCCACGGGGACUAGACGAGGAGAUAUGGCCGAGGGAACGAGACAACGAUCGACGACCACGAGCAGUUGACGCUGCGUGACGUUUUCGCGAGGACGGUGCUCUUCGUCGCGAAACGGACCGACCACGGACCAAUUGCGUUCGAAUAGAAAUCGCCUAAACGAUCAGUGAUCCAGCUAUCCUCGACCAAUGACGUCGUCUCGACGAACAGUGCAGCAUCGUUCGUCAAAUAUCAUCCAAGUGAACUCGGCGCCACUAUGCACACCGGUGUCUUCCGUUUGGUCGACACGUCAAAAUUUCGCUGGUCCAGUCGAGAUCGUCGUCGCUAGAAAGAUCCUGCCGCGUGGGAUCUUUAUCAUGUUGGAGCCGCUGAUAGUGCUGACAGUGUUGAACUGUUUCUUCAUGUUCAGCUCGACGGUGACGACCUGCGCGUUAUGGUGGCAAUACAGAAGUCAUCGGUGCUGUUUCAAGAAAGACCCCGCGUCACAGGCGGCGAGAGAGGCUUUCUCCAAGUUGAAGAGCACCUACGUGUCCAAGACCUCGAAGAAGCCUGGAGUUUCGAGGAACGAGCCUGGACGUGGCUCUCCGAAGCAAACAGAGAAAUCCAUCAGUCGCAGCAAGUCGAACUCGGCGGUGAAUCACGAAGCCAAGAGCAAGAGGACGUCGAAGCAAAAGGCCAAGUCCGAUCCGAAGCACCUGUCUCAAAAUAAAUCGCCAAGCGAGGAAAGAAUUCCGUCCACGGAAACGAUCGGAAACUGGGACCUCGAGGACAAGACGAGGAUGUCGGAGGCGUCGCAGACAGUGAACGACGGAAAGUCAGCGGUAGUGAUGGAGUACUCGACGGUGCAGAAAAUCGUGCAGAUUCUCGACGACGAUACCGAUUUAAACGCCACCAAAUUGGCCAUCAAGGAGUUGAACGCCAAACAGAACGGCGAAGAGAAGAAGUCUGACUUCGAUAGCGGAAAGUCUGAGGCGAUCCCCGCGUACACACCUCAGACUUAAUUUCAUUGAAUUUUACAGAAUUACACCUUCCCUCGUCGAACUGCGAAUCAAAUCGAUUUUAAUAGAAUAAGUCACGGCUUAAUUUUUA